AUGCCGCUCAUCAUGAAUGCCGACGUGGACCAGCUCAACGGCCUGGCGCCGCGGGCCUGCGAGCUAUGUCGCCUCAAGGACAACGUCAAGCGCUGCGCCGCGUGCCAGGCCGUCUACUACUGCGGCCGUGAAUGCCAGCUCGCCGACCGCGACGAGCACAAGAUAGCCUGCAACGUUGUCAAAAAGGCCCGUUUGCACUACGAGCGCGAGUACGUCAAGUUGCGAGACAUGCCGGGCGACGCCCUCACACCGGAGAGGAUGUUUGAGACGUGCGUCGGCCACUUCUGGGGCAUCCUCGAGACGCGUCCCUACAUGCGCGCGCGCUACGGCCUCGUCGACUCGCUGCUGCUGAGCUACGGCACUGCCGGUGGUCCGGCCGAACUUGUCCAGACGGCUCUGGACCACCUGCUCGACAUGAUGCGCCUGUGCCGCGGCGACAACAUGGGCCUGCGCCAGGUCAUUCCCGCCUUAUAUAUCCGUCUCGCCAGGGACCAGGACGCCUACGACCUCAUCAAAUGGUACGCCACCACGGGACAGGAUCCCGACUACGACUGGGGCGACAUGGACCUCCCCUUUCUAGACAUCCACGAUGCCGACGUGCUCGAGCCACUGCCAGCGGUCCGCGUCCUGCUCGACCUGCGGGCAGUACAAAACGCCGGCCUGGCCCUCUACGGCGCCAAGCCACAGGAGAUUGUCGACCUUAUUCGGGGCCACCUCGUCGGCCCCGUUCUGCGGGCGCGGCCCGAGCUCCUGCUGGCUCAGCCCGACGAGACGGCGCGCCUAGCCCACACCAUCAAGACCCAGAUCCAGCAGUUGUACCACGUAGUCCACUCCUACAGCCCGCACUUUUGGGACCUGCUCAUCGAGAACCCGGACGCCGGCGUCUUGCAGCGGCCGAGCGGGCCCUAUGCCAAAAGAUCGAGGGACGAGGCGCUGCUCAUGGUCGGGUAUUGCUAUGCGGCCUGGUAUGAGACGCCGGGGGCCGUCGACGUGCUGAGGAGCCUGGGGGACACGGUCAAGACGAAGUAG